ACCAUUCCUUCCCUCAAGCCCUCCCCCUCUCUCUGAUCAUUAAGACCCUGGAAGCAAAUACAUAUCAAUUUGCUUUUCAUUUUUCCUAUUUUCGUGAAAAUAAUAGUAAUUAAUCCCUUUAUUUUUGGACUAAUAUUUUUUGUCCCCGGCUGGGAAAAUGAAGGAGAUCAGUGGUAGAAAACAAGGUGGAAUGUCUCCAUGUGCAGCAUGCAAGCUUCUGAGAAGGAGGUGUGCGCAGGAUUGUGUGUUUGCUCCUUAUUUUCCAGCUGAUGAGCCUCACAAGUUUGCAAGUGUGCACAAGGUUUUUGGUGCUAGCAAUGUCAACAAGAUGCUACAGGAAUUACCAGAGCACCAGCGCAGUGAUGCAGUGAGUUCGAUGGUGUACGAGGCAAACGCUCGAGUAAGAGACCCUGUGUACGGCUGUGUUGGUGCAAUCUCAUCUCUACAGCAACAGAUCGACGUCCUCCAAACUCAACUGGCCAUUGCACAAGCUGAGGUGGUGCACAUGAAAAUGAAUCAAUUGCCUUCUGCAUCACCUCCCGCAGCCACAUCAGAAAACACCUCUCCCAUCUCAGUCAAGCAAAUAAUGCCUAAUAAUAAUAAUUCUCACCAUCAUUAUCAUCCUCAUCAGACCACCAAAUCCUUUUUUACAAUGGACAUGGUGGUAGAUCAGGCCAAUUCUUUGUGGUCAUGCUAGCUAUGCCCUAUACCUCUGCAUGCCUGCUCUUUGCUUUUUCUAUUAUUAUAUAUUGUUAUUCUCUAAUUAAUCAAUUAAUUAGUUAGUAUCAUGGGCUUGCUUUUUUAAUGUCCGCCUCUUUCUUUCUUUCUUUCUUUUUUUACCUUUUUCUCUUUUUUACUUUCAUAGUGCAUCCUGCCUCUCUCUACUUGACCAGAGGUGAUGAUUGAUUAACCAUAUGUAAAUGUGAUCAAAAAUUAAUGUAAUUAUAAGUUAAUUAUGAUAUUGGUAUUAUAUAUGACCUAGCUGCUUAU